CGCCGCCGUGGGUCGUGAUAACAGGACGCAACUGGGACAAAGAGAGAUACAUCACAACGAGUGCCGGCUCUGGCCCAGGCUGCAGCCAUGCCACUUCUGGAAGAGACCACGCUACCACAAGAGCACCCAACCACUGUCCCUGUGGUUAUCAUCGGCAACGGCCCAUCCGGCAUUUGUUUGUCCUACCUGCUGAGUGGACACAAGCCCUACCUGGAUACCUCAACUGUCCACCCAAACCCAAUACUAUACAGGAAACUACAGGAGACCAAGCACCUAUCCAUUACUGAACAGGAACUGGAAUAUUUGAGUGAAGGUCUCGAAGGGAGGUCAAGGAACCCUGUGGCUGUGCUUUUUGACACACUUCUGCACCCUAAUGCUGACUUUGGCUACGAGUUCCCCCCCGUCCUUCAGUGGAGGAGGGACAACCAGCACAUCCCACAUCUGGUGCUGGGGAGGGCAACGCCUGGAGGUGCUUGGCAUGCAAUGGAGGGCUCCAUGUUGACUAUUAGUCUCGGCCUCUGGAUGGAGCUUCCUGGGGUUAACUACAGGGACUUGACCAACGGGAAGCGCAGGGAUGUAACCAGUGACAGGGCCACCCCAGAGGAGAUUUCAUCCUAUUACCGUAACUAUGUGAAGCUAAAGGGCCUUCAAAAGAAUUUUGAUGACAACACCUACGUGACCUCUGUCCAGAAACUCUGUCGGGGGCAAGAGGGUGAAGGUCUGGAAAAUAGGCUCAGUGGUCAAGGAGAGGGAGGGGUGGGAGAUGGUGGGAAUGAAGGCUUUGAGGGAAAUGGAGUAGAGUGUCUAAAUAAUGGAGGAGGGGGGGCUCUCUGGGAAGUAAGGGGAUACCAGCAGGUGCAGAAUGACACUCAUGUUCCCUUCUCUCUGUUUGCUGAGAAUGUAGUACUGGCCACCGGUGCGUCCGAUUCGCCAGUUCGAUUAGGCGCAGAGGGGGAGGACCUACCAUUUGUAUUCCACAGCAUCUCAAACCUGGGUUUGGCCCUAAGCCAGAGAAAACUGGAUAUGAACUCUGAUCCAGUUUUAAUUGUAGGUGCCGGUUUAAGUGCUGCCGAUGCAAUUAUGUGCGCUUGUAACAGCAGCAUCCAAGUGCUGCAUGUCUUUCGUAAGAGCGUAGACGACUCAGACCUCAUCUUCAAACAGCUGCCCAAGACCCUGUACCCAGAGUACCACACAGUCUACAACAUGAUGUGCUCCCAGACCUACACAAACGUGGUUCCCUCUGCUUCAAACAGACCCCAGGCAGUAAGCAUUGCCUCCGCAGUGUGUGCCAAGAUGUGCCCAAAGCCCCAGCUUGCCGCAGGUAACAUGGCUGGUAAUGCCAGUGUCGGCCUGUUUCCUGACUACACCAGUUUCCCUCAACAUUGCUUGGUGUCCUUCCAGUCUGACAUGAAGUGUUUGCUACAGGGGAACAACUCUCUCAAGGCAUUCAAGAUCUCCAUGGCUCUAGUGCUGAUCGGGACAAACCCAAACCUGUUUUUCUUGAAGGACCAGGGCCAGUACUUGGGUCAGGAUCCAACAAAACCCAUUUCUUGCACACAGAACCCCAUUGACAUCCACCCCUACACUUUUGAGUGUACCAAGGAGCCAGGUCUGUUUGCCAUGGGCCCGUUGGUGGGAGACAACUUUGUUCGCUUUUUGAAGGGCGGCGCUUUAGGCAUCGCCUCAUGUCUGCUGAAGAGACUCAAGAAGAAAGGGACGCUGAUCAGCAAUGGAGAGAAUAACUUCAUUUGAAAACAUGUUGGAGGAAAGAGCAAUACAUGUUGGUCAUAGGGCACCGAUUUCAAGCACUCUUACAAACUGAUGUAAACAUUGAAGGGGGAAACAAGAGUUUUACUGUUUUAAUCAUGAGGCAGCAUUUUUUCUCAAAGCUAAUGCGUUAUUACAACUCUCUGAGACCAAAAAUACAGUGGAUGGACACUAAUACGUUUCUAAAGAAACACAAUACAGCUUUCAAGAGUCUUGUCUGACUUCAUAAGAAGUCCCCAGAAGUCCAACCUACCAUGUGCCAAUGUUUUCUAGUCAAUUUGUAACCUCACACCUGAAUGGGUCCUUAUUUUCAUCAGCGUUAUUUAUUCAUUCACUAUGUGUCUUUCAAUUAAUUUAUUAACAGCAAUGAAAAGAUGAUGCUAUUGCGCUCAUUCUCCAUGCAACUUAUAGCUUUACUUGUGUAAGCGACUGACACUCGCAGAGCAAUCCGUGACUCCGCUCACAAGAUUGAUCUUAGAACGUGUGACCGAACAAGUUCAUGGCUAAGCAAUCGUAAAGUUCCUGAUUAUUCUGAGCCGACCAUUUUCAUUUACAUCAGAGGAUUCUUUGUUUAGCUGCUAUUGUUCAUAGUCAAAGCUUUUUACCUAAAAACAACAAGUCUAAUGAAUCUGAACUGUUGCUUUGUCUAUACUGCUACUGGAAAGCUUUCUAUGCAAAUAAUUUCACUUGCAGAUCUGAAUGUAUUCUUGGAGACGCAUUUCUACUGUUUGGAUUCAAGUAUCCUGGCAAGAAGAUACGACCAUUAAAGAAUCACUCUGGUGUUUUA